AUGAAAGUUGUUUGGUUUACUGCGAUUUUUCCUUACGUCGUGCUUAUAAUUCUUUUGAUUCGUGGAGUAACCCUGGAGGGGGCCUACACUGGUAUUCACUACUACAUCUACCCAAACAUGACAAAACUGACUGAAGCCGAGCCUUGGGUAGACGCUGCAACUCAAGUAUUCUUUUCACUUGGUCCUGGUUUUGGAGUUCUCCUUGCCUAUGCUUCAUACAACGAGUUCCACAGCAACGUGUUCCGGUGA